AUGCCGCCGACAUCACGCAGGACCGAUCGCGUCCAGGCAGCCGGUUCUGCCAGUCGGUCUCGCAUGUACAACCUCGCUGGUCACGCACACUCUUCCGGCUCGUUGCUUCCUAGGUCAACCGAUGUCCAUGCUGCUUCCACAUCAACAGUAGGAGCAGCAGCAGCAGCCUCAUCAAGAACUGUUGAUGCUGCUGACGCUCCUUAUCUCACUAAUAUCGAGUCGCAUUUCGGCAGGGUCACGCUCACAGCCCCCGACAACCUCUUGCGCAAACAGGCUAAAGAGAAAAAGCAAAAGAUACGCCAGCGCAAGGCUGAAACCGCGCACGCAGCCGCAGCCGCCCUAGCAGGCACAACUCAGCCCUCACAAUUGCUCGGCUCUGGCCGCAAUGCGAUGGCAUCUUCCUCCAACCUUCUCGAUUCCAGUCGCCGAUAUCAGACGAUGCUCGAUGACGCUCCUGUCAGUACUGGACUUCUCAUCCCGCCGUCUGGACAACACGCUGGUAUGCGAAGGGCACAUAGCGGUGGACAGACACCAACGCCAGCGUCCACAUCGCAGAAUCCCCCACCUUCAACAUCCCAGACCGUCGUUGCACGUACACGCAGAAGGAGACCGUCCUCUGCAGCCAGAUUCGACCCCAGCAGCAGACCUGCUUCCAGAGCUAGCGGCCCGAGUCGUCCCGAAAGCGCACUGUCGCUCAACGACGCAGAUUCCUCUCAGCCCGAGACCACAACGUCGAUUCCAUCCCAUCGACCACUUGCUGACGAUCCACUGCCUCGUUCUCGUACCGAGAGUGCGCCUGCUUUCCAACGUCGCUCUCGCAAUGCUUUUGACACUUCUCCAGAUGAGCAAGCAGCUACCGCUUCGGAUCAAACACCCGUAUCAGCCUCCAAUCCAGUACCGCAAACAUCAUUGCAUCGCCAAAACGUGUGGAAUGAUAUCACCGAAGCAGAUCCAGAGGAUCUCCCACCUCCUUUUCCCGCGGGCGCGCCGCGUCCUCCAACUCCUCCAAAUCCGCCAACUCACAACGAAGCCGCAAAUGACGCACAGAUCAUUGGGCCACAACCGCACGCCCGUAUUCCCGACAGCCCUCCACCACCGUUCGUCAGCGAUGAUGAGGAUGAGUCUAUAACGUCUGAAGCACGACCGCACCCACAACUCGAUCCAACUGUGCACGUCGUGACCAGCGACAGUCGACUGGAGAGCCGAGUUUCAACGCCAAGUUCAGCAUCCGCCAGCGACGAUGAGAGCAUCGAGAUUACCGAAGAGCGCCGUGCAUGGGAGGCUGAUAUUCGCAACGGUCUCAGUUUCGAUGUCAGGCUGCUGCGAGAGCAGCAGCGGCGAGUUGCCAGAGAGCGUGCUGAAGCCUUCCGCGUUGCACCUCGAGAGCAAGCUACGAACGUGCCAAGCGCGCCCACUGAAAACGAGAGACCAACUACAAGGGCGGUACCAAUUAUAACCGAGGGUAAUGGGCGAAGUCCGCCUUUAAUGUCAGCAGCAAUACCAGAUGAUCCCACGCCUGCUGUUCAGGCGUUGCCAGACUCUGCCGAUCAUGCCGAGCAAGUCAACGAGACGCUCAACGAACAACCCGCCCCAGUGCUAUCAGACAAUGCCUCUUCUACUCAUUUGGGCUCGCACACGCAUACCGCAGAAGCUGAACGCCCCGCAGAACAAUCACCGAUGAGUGUGGUGCCAGCCGUCGUGCAACAGAUGGAGUCAGCUCCUUUGGCGCAUGCUGUGGACCCUGCGAGGGACGACAUCAUCCCAUCGCAACGUGAAACAGUACAACCAGUCACGUUUGUCACACCUGCAGAUCAGGCUACAGAUUCCCCGCUGGCAUCAAUGGCACAACCGUUCGAAGCGCAUGCGAUCGGCCAUAAAGCUGAUACCAGCGGUAGGCUCAUGCUUGCCAACGAGCCUCGUCUCGGCCUUCCACCUAUGCCUGCCUCCUCAAGACCGACUUCCAGCCCGAUCGCCAGUAACAAACGGCAAGAUACAUCCACCCGUCCGACGUCAUUGGAUUCUCGCCGCAUCCCUGUUGGACACCGAAAGACUUUUUCGGACGAUCCUCCUGCGUCGGUACAGGGCAAGAAUCGAGUGAGCAGCAAUGAUCGUGUUUCUCUUAGCGGGUUGGCGGCACGCCGUUUCGUUCAAGGACAAGCCGCUCGAGGCCAUGACAGCGAAUCUUCCCUGCCUCUCAGCCGGCGACCCGAAGACACGCUCUAUGUCAUCUCUGCCCCCCCUCCAGCAACAUAUGCCAAAGUUUCGAGUGAUGAUGAGGUAGGCAUGCAGCAGGCUACUGUAUCUGCGAUACGAUCAGCAACGGACCAAAUGGAUGCUGAAGGCGACGACACAUCCAGCGAGCACGCACAUCACGAUGAUCACGAUGAGGGCGCCGAGUCAGAUUCGUCCAUCGAGCAAUGGUUAGCCGAAGCAGCUGCUUUCGACGCGUUGCGCAAGAGGGAAGAGGAAACCGCCGCGAGGACACAAGCUCUGCAGCAAACGCCGGCUUCUAGCAGCGAUGAGGAAGACGAUGCAGCCAUGUCGGGCGCAUUCAGCCACCGAGCUUUGCCGCUCUAUAGGCAGACAAGCAUCACUCACAAAGUGCCGGACCCGGCCAGCCUCGCUUUGAUGGACCAGGCCUUGCCAAAAGCGCCUCCUCCUCUGGUUCUAGGUCGUUCCCGCGGUGGUGCUGCCUACUCUGACUCGUCCUCAGAAUCGACUGACACUGAUGAUGCGCUUGAUCAAUAUUCGUCCAGCGACGAGGAUGAUGAGCAACACCGUGCUUUCUACGAUGCCCGUACGGCCAGAAAUGCGCCGAGUGACCCCUUCGUCAACUCGCACAAGUCGAUGCAAGCUCGCAACACUUCUUCGACGCCCAAUCUGACGAUUGGACGUGCUUCCGAAGGCGAGGCCUUGCAGAGGGCGGGUGCGCCAACGGCACAGACACCGACACUUUCACAGCCCCGAGUCAGAUCAAACGAUGCUAUGCUACGAGCCGGCGAGCCGCAGGCUCUGCCUUCUCAGGGUCCGAAUCGCAGCCUUAGCUUGAAAGCGCAAGGCAAACUGCCUGAACGUGUGGCCGAAUCCACGGUUCCUCAACAGCAAGAUCAGCGAGCAGGCGAUUUUGUGGAGGACACAGCAAGCAGUCGCGACAUCUCGGAUGCAGAGGAGCCGAGCAUGACUCUGAAACCGGCUUCUGCUUUCGCUCAACCCUCUACAAGCAGCUCGUCUCUCCAAGGCAGGUCAGAAUCGGUCCUGCCUGAUGUUGCGGACCCUGCACAGGCGGAUGUGAGACGUUCCUCUAUCGAUCCGCUUCUGCAGCCUUUGGCGUACGGACCGAUUGGACGCAACGAUCUCAAAGACCGACUCAAAGGGCUGUUUGGCCAGCCGCUCGUUGCGGGCGCUGCCGACCAGUCUUCUUCCGGCUUGCAAGCAAGUUCCCGGAACGUUCCAACAACUACGAUGCAGGCCUCGCCACCUUUGGCCGAGGUCAGACCACCUUUGAGCGAUUCUCGCCGGUUGUCUGAGAGGAGCUUGCAAUCAACAAAGGUUGCAGACGACACACAAACUGGCUUAAACGAUGCGAAAGCUGGGUCGCCAACGAUCACAUAUACUGCUGCUUCAACCAGUGAUGACGCUUCUUCGACUGCUCCAACACGAGUGUCGAGCUUGGGCAGGAUUCAGAGUGUAAGCGGCGCAAGCGGUCGAUCGAUUGUGGAGAGUUUCGGCAGCAACAAGAGCGCUCAAGCGACUUCCAGCGCAUCCGUACUCCCAGAGCAGAAAGCACGCGACGAAGCGCUUCUUCAAAUCGCACAGCUCAGUGCAUCCACUCAAUCUAGACAAGACUCUUUGGCUGCUUUGGAGCGGCUUCUGGCUAGGACAGGUCGUCCUACGUCUAUGCUGCCUACAGGCACGAUGAACCGCGCAGAACUUGGAGAUCGGUUACAACUGACCCCGGAUGUGGAUACAUGCAAGCGCUCGGAAACAGGAGCGCGCGAUAAGGAUCAGUCAUCAGCAGCCGCUACGCAGCCGCCAACGAGCAACUGUCUCUCACGCCAAGGAGCCAUCGCUCGAGGUCGAGGACCGUUGCCAUCGCCACCGUCUGCAUUGCCCAGGAGCUCGUCCAGUGCCACGCGGCCAGUCUCGUUUGUGAAUCCGCGCUCUUCUGCCGCUCCUCUACCUCGUGGGCGUCUGCCAGCGAUCACGGAUGCUACGCGUCAUUUCCCACCUUCAGCGUCGGGCACCGGGCCUGGCGUUGCGCCUUCAUGGCUGUCGUACAUCCCAGCCGAGGAACAGAUGAGGCUACCUGUGCCGCUGGAGCCCCAGAGAAAUCCAGCAGCUAAACUGCCGGGCGGCAAAGUAUCGGCCAUGAUCUCACGAUUUGAAACGGCUUCUUCGAGAGAUCGAGACCAGCAGGAUGCGCGACCGCCUAGCUCGCCGAUCAAGCAGAGUGAACCGUUUGUGAGUGCUGCCCAUAACGGCGCACUUGUGCGUAUCCACUCGGAUCGUAGCCAUGAUUCAACAAGGGCGGAGCGCGAGGACACACUGAUGGGAGAAGAGAGGGGCGAGCCAGCUGUGUUCCGGCGCUUUUCUCGUAACGAGAGUAGCGAUGCGCCUGGGGAGGGGCGUGCAACGCAGCGGCGACCACCCCCGCCACCUCCGCCGUCGACGCUGCCAACCAGAAGAUCCAAGGUGCGUGCAUCACGGCACUCGGAAGAUGGAGACCACGCAACGAGCAGUGCUAGCGGCACUUCACAGUUGGCUUGCAUGAAAGCACUGGCUCGAGAGAUCGAGCAAGCAGCGUCCGAGUGGUCGGCAACCGCUCUGCAUGGAGACGGUGAGGAGCAACGGGAGAAAUCGGAAUCGACGGUCCGAAGUGGACUGGCAGUACCAGCGAUGGAAUCGUGCUCAGCUUCAUCGUCGGCAGGUGUGCGUCCGCGGAGUGGUCUGGCUCGCUCACCGCGCACACAAGCGAUGGAUGCCCUGACGGGUCGUAUGUACGAGACCAGCUCGAACACGCCACCGUCGGUGCCGCCAAAGUCUCCGCUGAUGACGACCGAGCACAUCUUGGCUUCUGCGAGUCGCAACGGUCUAUCCGCGUCGAUCGCAGCAGCGCAAGCGGCGGCAUUCGCACGACGCGACGCACGCGAGUCUCGCACACACUCGGCUUCUUGGAGCAUGGACACAACGACUGGCUUGAGACGAGACGAUCAGGUGCGUGCUGGUGAGGACCAAAGUCGCAAUGACGGGAGACGUUCAGCGCAGACUUCACGCGCGCUGCCUGUGCUUCCUGCAUCGUUGAGGAUGGAUCGUGGUUUGCGGAUCAGCGGCGGAGCUGGUGAUGGCGGGGCAGAUGCGCUGGACUCGAGUGCCAGAGUGUUGCCAGUCCCGCCUCGGUUGCCACCGAGGCCGAGUGGUAGGGAUUGGGAUAGUUUGACGAGCGCACCACAGACCAUGGUGCGACCAAGAGCGAUCGAGUCGGCUCAUGCAACGACGUCACUGCCGAACGUGUCGAGCGCCGAGCAGAAUCAUGCUGAGACUUGGGCAGCGACAUUGGAGGCGAACAGCAACGGUGGGACGGUUGGAGAGGUAGAGGUUGAUGACGUUGCAUCGCUGACUGCUGGAGCGAGCGAUCGGCAAAGGGAGUCAGCGCGGGAUCUGGUUUCAGCGAGUCCGACACCUCAAGUGUCGACGGAUGCGAUAGGCGUCGACACGCAAACACGCUCAUCUACCUCGCCAUCGUUGUCCAACGCACCGCCUGCGCUGGCUGCGCCGGCUGCGCCUCGUCGAGCUGCAUCAGGGGGACUCACUGACUUUGACCUGUUGGUGGCUUCGCUGGAAUCGCAGCCGUCGGGGUCGCAGUACGAAUCGCUUUCGGCGAUUGGCGAGUUCCUCGGUCCCGCACAUCCCACGGCGUCGGCGGCACAACUCGCCUCGCUCUCGGUCGCGCGGGUGGAAUGCGACUCGCGUCGGAUCACCAGAGACGGCAAGGUCAAGCAGAAACUCAGCUGCGUAGGCGUCAGAGUAGACAAGUGCAGCAUCUGUCUGUGCCAGUUCAGAGAAGCACAGUCCGCCGUCUGGCUCCCCAAGUGUGCUCAUAUCUUCCACGAGGUCUGCAUCACCGUUUGGUUGAGGCGCAGUACCAAGUGUCCCACUUGUAGACAGGAUGUCGUGUGA